AUGCAGAUGCUCGCGCACUCCCCCGGUCUCGCAACCCACCUAGCAUCCAGUCCCCCGCCGCACUCCUUCCACUCCACCAUCAGAGCUGUCGCACCCACCGAGACCCCCACCCACCCCGUGGAACCGCGCACCGCCACACCACUCAGCAUCGACUCCCCUGCCUCGACCCUCGGCCGCCGCACGCAGAAAUCAGCCUCCCUGAGCCUGCGCGCGAGGGAUGCGAAUCCUUCGAGCCAGCGAUCCACGCCCGCACGGCACGCGAGGGGAAACACCGCGCCGGCCGACUUGCCGCACACCCCAGAACUAGCGAGAUACAGAAACGGAGGUGCAGAGAGUGCGUUGAGCUUCACACCUAGCGUGCGCGGCAAGCAGCUCGCCACCUGGUUUUCCGCGCUCUUGGGGCGCUGA